AUGUCGGGUAAAGCUUCUAUACGUUGUUCUAGCCUCUCAUGGCUGCAUCUAUUCAGUGCUGUUUGCACUUCAAUUCCUUCCGGUGGAGUCAAUCUCGGACCGCCAUAUCAGCAGUUCAAAAUGCCUGGAUAUCGUUGCCAUAGCUUAUAG